AUGGUGUCCACACAGCAAACCCAACCCCCUGGGGCCAGAGACCGCAAUGACAUAUCACCGGAAGACAUGAUACCCGGUACGGAGGUAAUGAGGGAAUGGGAGGAGUACGAUGCGACUCAAUUAUCUCGGGAUGGUUACGUGCUCAUUCCGCAUCCCACAAACGAUCCGAGCGACCCUCUCAACUGGUCUAAGCCCUGGAAAUAUCUGGUUAUGACCACUCAGUUUCUUUUCCUGUUCGUAUCGGUGGAAUCAGCGCUUUCGAUGGGCCCGAUGUUUCCCUUCUUUGCGGCCGAAUUCCACCUCAGUGAUACACAGCUUAGUCUAUUGACGGGAGCUUGCGUACUGGCUCUUGGCUACUCGAACUUCGUUAUCGUGCCGUGUUCAAAUAUUUUCGGUCGCCGCUUGACAAGUCUGGUGUUUUGCCUUUUGGGAGUCGCUACAUGUAUCUGGCAGGCUCUUGCAAAAAGUCACUCAAGUCUUCUAGCAGCUCGAGCAGUCAACGGGAUUGCUACCGCAACGAGUGAAACUCUGUUGGUUCAAGUUGUCACUGACAUGCUUUUCCUCCAUGAGAGAGGCUUUUGGACUGGUGUUUACUUUACUGGAUACUUCCUCGGAUUGUUCCUUGGUCCUGUGAUUGCUGGAAAUAUUGCCCAGAGGUUUGGUUGGCGGAGCUUUUUUUGGCUCUCGCUUGCUAUGACGUGCUUCAAUCUCGUCAACAUUCUUUUCUGCUUUCCAGAAACCAAAUUUAACCGCCGAGCAUCAAGUGAUCCAGCCACGCACGAAGAUAAUCACUCACAAAAUGCUGAAAAGCAAGAAACCUCCAAUAACGACAUCCCAAAGGAGGGUCUUGAGCAUGUGGAAAGCGCCGAUGGCCAUGCCAGAGCUGUUGGUCAUGGCCGGCCUUCCAAAUCGCAAUUCCGACUGUGGCAGACACCUGCCGCAGAUUGGAAAAAGUUUUUGAUUCGAGAUAUAAUCUCCCCUUUGAGAGUUUUUCCCUUCCCCAUCAUCUUUUGGGCCGGGCUGAAUGUAGCUGGACCUGCGAACCUUCUACUGUUUUGGAACCUGACAGAGUCUACCGUGCUUGGAGCUGCCCCGUAUAACUUCAGCCCAUCGGCAGUUGGGUACUCUAACUUUGCUUUUGCGGUUGGUGGUAUCAUUGGACUUUUGACAGCAGGCCCAUUUUCAGACUGGGUCGCCAUGAAAGCCACCGCCAGAAACGGUGGAAUCCGCGAGGCUGAGAUGCGGCUGCCGGCUCUUAUCCCAUACUGCAUUACAACGAUUAUUGGAAUCGUCAUUGGCGGGCUUGGUUAUCAGAAAGUAUGGGAUUGGCCAAUCAUUCUUGUCAUUGGAUAUGGCUUCAGUGGUCUUUGUGUGACGGCGGUUCCUACCAUCGCGGUUGCUUAUGCCGUUGAUUGCUACAAGCCUAUAUCGGGUGAAAUCAUGGUCGUCGCGACUGUGAUCAAAAAUACCUGUGGAUUCGUAAUGAGUUACUGGGUCUCUCCACUAGCUGCACGCACAGGAUGGCUUACGCCUGCAAUGGUCGAGUUCGCUUUGACUGUGGGCCCGCUACUGCUGGGGAUCCCCAUUUACUUUUACGGGAAGACACUUCGAAGACUGACUCGGAAUUCGGUGGUGCACUCCUAUGGGGGAUGA